AUGGUGUCGCAAAACGGCAAGGAAAAAAUAUACAAGGAUUGUUCAGAGAUUUUGAAAAGAGAACCCAGCAAGAAAGGACAAGAUAGAGUGUAUGUUAUUUACGCUGACACGAAGAGAGAGGUUUUCUGUGACAUGACGACAGAUGGAGGAGGAUGGACGGUUAUACAAAAAAGAGAAGACGGCGACGUGGAUUUUUAUAGGACAUGGACAGAGUACAAACAGGGAUUUGGAAAUGCCUCUAAAAACUAUUGGAUAGGUAAUGACGCAAUCCACGCCUUAACAAAGGAUAAAAACCAAGAACUCCGAAUUGAUCUCCAGAGACAUAACGGAGAACAGGCCUAUGCUGUGUAUAACACAUUUUACAUCGGAGAUGAACACAAUAAAUAUACAAUCACGGUAUCUGGAUACAACGGAACAGCGGGUGACAGUUUGACUGGCCACAAUGGUAUGGAAUUCACCACUAAAGAUCAGGACAAUGACAAGACAAGUAGUGAAAACUGUGCUAUAUCGUAUCGGGGAGCCUGGUGGUACAACAGGUGUCUUCCCGCAAACCUAAACGGAGAGUACGCCCAGUCUGCUGUCAUUGGUCCAAAAUACCUGGUAUGGAAAGCCUGGAAAGACACAUUUGAAGCUCUACAAAAGACUGUUAUAAUGAUCAGACACUAA